CAAAUUUCCAAAUCCAUCCUCUCCAUCUCCUUCUUGUCCUCUCUUGCUUCUCCGUACGACAACACCAACAACAGCGAUAGCAACUACAAGUUUCUCUUCACCCCGACAACUUUCGAUACAUCCCCCGAUACCACGAGGUCAAGUGCCUUUCCAUCUCUUUCCAUCCCAACCAUUACUCGUCUCGAACCACGACAACGCUAUAUGAUGAGCACCACCAACACCACUCAAACAGCAGCCACGGCCACUGUCCCUAACUUCCCGAGGGCACUCGUUGCUCGGCUUCCACCUCACCUCCGCUCGAUUUCCCCUCAACAACUUGCUUUGAUGCCGAACGUCAUUGCUACACUCUCUCUUUUCGCCGGUGAGGAAGAGCAGAAGGAGAUCAUGGCAGAGAAGUUUCGCAUUCCCGCUGGACCCGUUAUGCCCGAGGUCCUGCUACCUCCCAUCGCUACUCACAUCACUGUCAUCCCGAUUGGACCCUCUGCUGUUCACGUAUGGGGAGAGAAGGAGAGUGUGGAUGUUCCCAUCAAGAACCUCGAGAAUGGCAUUAGUAUUCGCUCAAUCAUCGACGAACUCGGAGUAAGCCGUUACUUCUACCGCCUGUACUACGACGACGUCGCUCUACAUAAGGAGCUCCUCCCACAGCUGCACAAAGCUGAGAACAUCACUCUCUACCUCGUACACCGCUCAGACCAGGAUGUCUGGACAUACUUGCUCCGACCAUACAUGAGAUCCAAGGAACUCUCCUGGCGCCGCUCACCCCCCUCACCCGUCGACAUGCGCACGACAUCCUACCAGGCCCUCGCCGCUGCAUGCUGGAACCUCCCAAGCCCCUUUCCAGAAGAUCACGACGAAUGGACCUGGAAGCAAUUCCUCAUCUUCCGCCUCAAGCUCGAGUCCAAGCAGACAUACUCGCCCCCGGAGAACGGCACGACGACCGCCGACUCCCUCCGCACCGUCUCCCGUGAUGCGCCUUACGAUCUCCUGCUCUGGUCCGGCAUCGAGGAGUCGUUCUGCCGUUCCGUCGGCGACGGAACAUUGGCAGUUCACACGGAGUACGCUUCGCAGUCCGGCGGAUGCACCGGCCGCAUCUUCGUGCGCAUCUACGUUCCGUACAGCCUAGCUGUGUUGGAAGUGGGGUUCUCCCACAACGUAGUCCGCGGCUACGGUGCGGCGGAGCACCGUCCGGAUGGCCGCUUCCACGGGGUGGCACUGGGCUACCGCAUCCGCCAGCCGAGCGACCAGCCGUACUCCAGUGCGCAGGCCCGUCGCCUCUUCAACCGCGAGAUAAACUAUAUGUUUUCUCCCGAGCGCGACGGGUUUACCAGUAUCUUCUCUUCAGUCCAGCGCGGAUCGACCCGGUGCGACGAGGAAGACUCGGGCCGCGUCGACCGUGCGACCGGCAUCGACGGAGACGAGCUCGACGAGCUCGUCUCGUUCCUCCAGUUCCCGGGAGGCAUCGAGAACCCCCGCGCCAUGGCCAUCAGGCUCGUGUGCGCGGCCGUCACCGUCGAUGUGGGAAUCGACGGGGCCGGAGAGGUAGACAAGCUUGUCAGGGACAACAGCUGUGGAAGCUUUCCCUGGCGCCUGGGUGCGGAGGAUUACUGGUUCGCGGAGAGGGCCAAGAUUUGGUGCCACGGGAGGGAGAUGGAGAGGAGGAGGCCCAGAGAGGGUAGCGAGGAGGUGGAGAGGAGGGUGUGGACGGAGACCCUCGAGGUGAGGGGAGACCCGAGGAGGGGUGCUAGUUAGGGGAGAGGGAGGGUUUAGUGGGGGGUAUACUAGACCAUUAGAUGCGAAAUGGAGUAGGGAGGUUGAUUUGAUCCUGUUUCUGCUGAUAGCGGAGUUUUGGGGGGGGGGGGGAGUUUUUUU